AUGAAUACGUUUGAAUGUAUCUUCGCCGGUCGUGGAAAAGUUUUUAAUGUUAAACGUAAUAUGACUCGCCACGCUAAAUCACACGACAAUAUUAAAUUUCAAUGCGCUAUGUGUCCGAAAAUGUUUUUUUUCGCAUAAAGACAACCACGAUAUCCACGUUAAAAUUGUUCAUCACGACGGAAGAGUCACUCUGCCGACUAUUGUCCCGCAAGCAGGUCCUUCAAAUAUUAUUCCGCAAGCUGACUUAUCGAAUGCCGGACCGUCCAACAAAGAUGUAUGGGGGAGCGACUUUGAAGACGACGACGAGUUGCUUGCGGCACUUGACAUGGAUUUCGAAAUGGAUAAGGAUAAGAUUUCUUUUAUUAUGCCCCACCACGUAGCUAGGGAAUUAGUUUUAAAUUGUAUUGGUAGGCACGAAACUUGCACUUAAAGAAGAUACCACUGCUAGAGUGAAAAAAGCUAGUCUGGCUCUAGCGAAAACCCCGGAAUUCAUUGAAAUCGAUUCUUUCAACCGCAAAAUCGUAUGGUACUACACCAAAAAUCUCACAAACAUACAAAAUUACAGACGAUUUCUCUGUUGAAUCAAACCCGCACUUAUAGACCUACUCGAAAAGCUUGUACAAGAAAACCCGAUUAAAGUUAAUUUGAAACUGAAAGCCUCAUAUUACAAACCUCACGUCGAUAAUUCAGCCGAGAACAGAGCGUUCAAGACCUCAGCCAGGCAAAUAUUUUUCGAUAGCGAAAUAGAAGACAUCGUUGAAGAAAAAUGCAUGAAAUUAAUGUCCGAACAAGAAAUUUAUCAAGGACGUGGUAGCGGUUUUUCACUUCAGCAUACAGACGGCCUUUUAUUAGGCGUCUACAAAUUCCAGUCGAUAGGCGGAUCAUCAUACAUCCCGCUACCCAAAGACAUCGUAAAUAAACGUGCCGUCGUCAACCCACAUAACAUGGACGAAGAGUGUUUCAAGUGAGCGAUUUUAGCGAAACACGUAACGGAAGACCAUAGGUACAGAGUAAACGAGAAAUAUACCGAGCACGAAAAUAAAUAUAAUUUCUCUGUAUUGACAUACCCAACCCCGCUUUCGGACAUUAAAAAAAUUCGAAAAAAAUAAUUCGAACGUGUCCGUAAAUGUUUACGGACUGAAGAAACAAGAAAAAACAAAAAAACGGUACAUACCGAUAAAGUGACCGAUGUGGAGAAGACGGACCAUUUCGACCUGCUACUGAUAAACAAAAACGAAAAGUCCUAUUAUACUUACAUCUCAAAUUUUCAACGUCUUGUACGAUCACAGAAAACCGCACAUAAAGAAGAAGUAAUUUUCUGUAAACGGUGAUUUAUGGUUUUCGAUAACAGACCUAGGAUGAAAUUGAGCGGGCAGGUGGCACUCGACCAACAUAAAUUAAUUUGCGGCGAACACAAACCGAUUUUGCCCGUAAUGCCCGAAACCGGUUCAAAAUUAAAAUUCGAUGCAUGUGGAAAAAUGCAACGUCAUCCUAUAUACGCUGAUUUAGAGGCGAUUUUGGAGAAGAUGGAUGAGAAGAAAGGACAAAACACAACUAUUAUACAAAAUCAUAAACCGAUGUCGUACGGGAUUUUCGUAAAGGCGGCAGACGAUGUCCUGACCGAAUUAUUAGACGAAUUUGAAAUACCAACCGAGUCUUUAAUUUACCGUGGAACAAAGGACGAACCGAACGCAGCGAAACAUUUUGUAAAAACGAUUGUGGGGAUAAGUCAACGAGUAGAAAAAUUAUUAAAGACGAAUAAACCGAUUAUUAUGACUGCGGAGGAUGUUCAAAGUCAUGUUACGUGUCAGCAGUGUAAUUUGUGUAAAGGCGGUUUUUCUGCUGCAAACCCGAAAGUCGCCAAUCAUAACCACUUGUCGGGCAAAUUUAGGCAAACACUUUGUAAUACUUGUAAUCUGAAAUUACAAGUAUCUAAAUUUGUCCCGUGCUUUUUUCAUAAUCUUUCUAAUUACGACUCACAUUUCAUCGUGACCGAGCUUAGUUAUAACGCAAAAACGAUUUCCGUUAUUCCUAACAGCGAAGAAAAAUUUAUUUCGUUCUCUAAGUACGUGAGUAACACCUUCACCGUACGAUUUAUAGACACUUUUCGAUUUAUAGCGUCAAGUCUUUUGUCUCUUGCAUCGUACCUACACACAUCCGAUUUAGAGAAGUUUCGCAAAUCUAAAAAAGUAUUUAACAUCGAAGAUACGUCGCUUGUAACUCGUAAGGGAGUGUACCCUUACGAGUACACGGAUAGCUGGAAGAAAUUGGAAGACGAAAUUUUACCGGAGAAAGAGCAAUUUUACAGUACGUUGACCGAAUAAAAUAUCAAAGAUGCGGAGUACAUUCACGCGAAAGACGCAUGGAACCAUUUCAACUGUCGUACAUUUGGCGAGUACAGUGACCUUUAUUUGAAAAUCGACGUCAUGUUAUUGGCCGAUGUGUUUGAAAACUUCCGCGAUAUUUGUAUGACGACAUACAAUUUGGAUCCGGCCUACUAUUACACGGCACCCGGAUUCAGUUUCGGCUGUAUGUUGAAAUACACCAUGGUAGAACUUGAACUACUUUCCCACUACGAUAUGCUGUUAAUGUUCGAAAAAGGUAUACGUGGUGGACUGGUGCAGGCGAGUAUGCGGUACGCGAAGGCGAAUAAUUAUACGGUGCCGGACUAUAACAGAAUAAAAGGCCAUUCGUGGAUUAUAUACCAGGAUUGUAAGUAUACAUAUUAUUUAAAAAAUAUAUAUAUAUCAGUAAUUUAUAAUUUUUUACUGUUUGUUUUAGGUAACAAUUUGUACGGGUGGGCCAUGUCACAGUACAAGCCCCACAGCGGGUUCCAGUGGAAGGAACCUACAUUAGACGGUUUGGAAGAACUGACGGACACUUCUGAUAUCGGGCGGGUAUACGAGUUGGAUAUAGCGUACCCGGAACACCUACACGUGGAUCACAACGAUUUGCCUUUCUUUCCGAAUAACGGAGUACUACCAGGUUCUAAGGUGAAAAAUUGAUGGCGACGUUGUAAGAGAAGAAUAAUUAUAUCAUACACUACAGGCAUUUGAAGCAAGCUAUAGUUAAUGGACUGAUUCUUAAAAAGGUAAAUACUUUAAUUUUUUUCUUAUUCAUUUUGUUUAUUAUAUUUUUUGUAUUAUUUAUGUUACGGGUACAUAGAAUCCUACAGUUUGAACAAUCGCGUUGGCUUGCAAAAUACAUUAAUUUAAAUAUAGAGAUGAGGAUGAAGGCAGCUAAUGAUUUUGAAAAAGAUUUCUACAAACUUAUGAACAAUGCUGUUUUUGGUAAGUUCUUAUUAUUAUUACUAAAACUUGUAUGUUAUUAUAUUAUUAUGAUUUUCUAGAUAAAACUAUGGAAUCAAUGAGACGAAGAAUCGAUAUCGAACUAGUAUCCUAUGAGAAGAGAACGCAGAAACUUAUAAACAAAACAACAUUUAAACAUUGUACUUCCUACAAUGAAAACCUGUGUGCUGUAUCGUUGGGAAAUAAAAUAAUAUAUUAUAUUGGAAAAUCGAGCUUGGGAGCGAUUUAA